CCCCACUCACCAUUUCUUCUUCCUCCUCCUCCUUCUGAAACUCCAAUGGCGACUCCCAAUCCCAAUCCCCUUCUCCUCUCUCUCAUUUCCCUCUUCUCCCUUUUCCUCCUCGCAUUCUCAUCCAAGCUCACUAUCCCACUCUCCCCACUCUCAACCCACCCCUCCUCCUCAGAUCCAAUCCAGACCCUCAACCUCCUCUCCUCCGCCUCCCUCUCCCGCGCCCACCACCUCAAACGCCACCCCAACUCCUCCACUACCAAUGUACCCCUCAACCCCCGCAGCUACGGCGGCUACUCCAUCCCCCUCAGCUUCGGCACUCCUCCCCAGACCUCCACCUUCGUCAUGGACACCGGCAGCAGCCUCGUCUGGUUCCCCUGCACCUCCCGCUACGUCUGCUCCCGCUGCUCCUUCCCCAACAUUGACCCCUCCCACAUCCCCGCCUUCAUCCCCAAGCUCUCCUCCUCCUCCCGAAUUGUCGGCUGCAAGAACCCCAAAUGCGCCUGGGUUUUCGGCCCGGAAAUCAACACCAAAUGCCCCAACUCUUCCCAGGCCUGCCCAACGUACGUCAUCCAGUACGGCUCCGGCACCACCGCCGGCAAAUUGCUCUCCGAGUCCCUCGACUUCCCCGAUAAAGUCGUCCCUAAUUUCUUCGUCGGCUGCUCUUUCCUCUCCAUCCGACAACCCGCCGGGAUCGCCGGCUUCGGACGCGGGCCGCAGUCCCUCCCCGCCCAAAUGGGCCUCUCCAAAUUCUCCUACUGCCUCGUCUCCCGCAGAUUCGACGACACGCCGGUCAGCAGCGACCUCGUCCUCUCCACCGGCAAUGACGACGGUGCUGACGACAUCAGCUACACUCCCUUCCAGAAGAACCCGGGAGCCGCCAACACCGCCUACCGCGAGUACUACUACCUCCUCCUCCGCAGAGUCAUCGUCGGGAAGAAGCCCGUCAAGAUUCCGUACAAGUACUUAGUCCCCGGAGAAGACGACAAUGGCGGGACCAUAGUCGACUCCGGGUCCACGUUCACGUUCAUGGAGAGGCCGGUGUUCGAGGCGGUGGCGGAGGCGUUUGCGGCGCAGAUGGAGAAGUACACGCGGGCCCGGGACAUAGAGAACCGAACAGGGCUGAAGCCGUGCUUUGAUAUCUCCAAGGAGGACAAGGUGGACUUCCCGGAGCUGGUGUUCCAGUUCAAGGGCGGUGCGAAGAUGGCUUUGCCGUUGAACAAUUACUUCGCGUUGGUCACGAGCGAUGGAGUUGUGUGCUUGACCAUCGUCACGGACGGGGCGGCGGGGCCCGGAGUAGCGGCAGGGCCCGCGGUCAUUUUGGGGAGUUUCCAGCAGCAGAAUUUUUACGUCGAGUAUGAUUUGGAGCGGGAGAGGUUCGGGUUUAGAAAGCAAAACUGUAAGAAGUGAAAAGAGCUAGGGAACCCGGUUCUUAUUUUUUUUACUGGCUGGCUAGAUAGAUUAUAGGUUGAGAUAAUAACUUUUCAACUUUGUGUUUCAUCAAAAAAAAAAACUUUUCAACUUUGUGAUAAUCCGUCACAAAGCAAAAGGAAUUUUUCGCUUUUUGAUUUUGGGGUCUUGGGUCUUCCUGCUGAUGUUAAGCUAUAUAUUAACAUGACGUUCAAGGUUAUGAGAAUC